GAGAAUUCAAGCUUUGCAAAAAUGGAACCGAACAUGAAGCGAUUGAGAACAGCUGUAGAAGAAGAUGAUGAAAACGAAGAGAUAACUAUAUACUUGAGAGUCACUAAAACGGUCGCCUUAAAAGUUAAGGAAUCAGAUAGUAUUGGAAAUGUCAAAGCGUUACUACACGAUAAGGAGGGCGUACCUGAACGUCUUCAGCAGCUUUUCUCAGAAGAUAAUCGGCUAAUGGAGGAACAGAAGCUAGUCGAUUAUGGCAUUCGCAAAAACUCCACCGUUUAUGCUUAUGUUGAAGAUUCAGUCCCCGUGAUGUUAUACGUAAAGAGACCCUACGCAAAAGGUACAAUUAAGGUUAAUUCAAUGAUUUAUGAAACUAUCCAGGAUGUCAAAGCUAGGAUUGCGGCCAAAGAAGGAAUAAACUCGGACGAAUUCUCUCUUUUUCAUGAUGGAAAGUUUAUUGAAGAUGACAAAACCUUAGCAUUUCACAAUAUUGAUGAUGGAUCAACCCUUCAUAUUGUGCUCAAUCCUAAAGACAAGUUUCUUAUUCCUGUCGUAAUGCCAACUUACGAAAUCAUACAAAUAGAAGUCAAGGUUACUUUAUUUGUUCGCGAUGUUAAAACAGUUAUUGAGAGCAAAGUUAGCCAGUCAAUGGAUGAUAUGGAUCUGUUUUUGGGAAAAAAGAAACUGGAAGAUUUGAAGGAAUUAUAUCAGUAUGAUAUCAAAGAAGACUCCCUCUUACAAGUGGUACCUAGAAUAAUACAGAUCGUUAUCAAGAAAGUGAAUGGUCAAUAUAUAACUCUCGACGUGCACAAGCACGAGUUGGUCAAGAAUGUGAAGGGCAUGAUUCAAAAUAAGCUAGGAAUACCAGUUCAUCUGCAAGGUCUUUUGUUUGCGGGGAAAAGUUUAGCUGAUUCCCGGGAUUUAGCUAGCUACAAUAUUGAAAAUGACUCGACUCUCCAUUUGAAUGAUCGCAAUUAA